UUGGAGGGGAGCAGAAGCUCUGGCUGGUGUUCGGCAAAGGGAGCCAAGUCUAGGGACGCAGCUCUCUUUCAGGAGUGAAAGAUGCUUGGUUCAUCACUAAACAACUAUGCUAGAUUCUAGCUGCAAGUUGAAAAGUGUCUGCAAUUUGCCUUUUGUUUAUAAUAAGAAAAUAAAUACUGCUGGAACCAGUAAUGCAGAUGUCCCUUUGGCUGACCCCGGAAUGUACCAGCUGGACAUCACAUUAAGAAGGGGUCAAAGUUUAGCUGCCCGGGAUCGAGGAGGGACAAGUGAUCCAUACGUGAAGUUUAAAAUUGGAAGAAAAGAAGUGUUUAGAAGUAAGAUAAUACACAAGAACCUCAAUCCCGUGUGGGAGGAAAAGGCCUGCAUUCUUGUUGAUCAUCUCAGGGAGCCAUUGUAUAUAAAGGUAUUUGACUAUGAUUUUGGACUCCAGGAUGACUUCAUGGGAUCAGCCUUUCUGGAUCUCACACAAUUGGAGAUAAACAGACCCACAGAUGUGAUCCUCACUCUGAAAGAUUCCCAUUAUCCUGACCAUGACCUGGGAAACAUUUUGCUCUCAGUUGUGCUGACUCCUAAGGAGGGAGAACCCAGGGAUGUGACAAUGCUAAUGAGGAAGAGUUGGAAAAGAUCAAGUAAGGACCUCUCAGAAAAUGAAGUGUUUGGAUCUUAUUUAUCUGUGAAGUCUUUCUUUUGGAGGGCCUGUUCUUCCCGUCCUGGCCUUCAGCAGAGCAGAGCUGCAGAACCCUUUUGUCAGAAUGCACAAUUUCAGACCCAAAGUUUACGUCUGUCAGACCAGCACAGAAAGUCCCAUCUGUGGAGAGGAAUCGUCAGCAUCACCUUGAUCGAGGGGCGCGACCUCAAAGCCAUGGACUCCAAUGGGCUGAGCGACCCCUACGUGAAGUUCCGGCUCGGGCAUCAGAAGUACAAGAGCAAGAUUAUGCCAAAAACUUUGAAUCCUCAGUGGAGGGAGCAAUUUGAUUUUCAUCUGUAUGAAGAAAGAGGAGGAAUCAUUGAUAUUACUGCGUGGGACAAAGAUGCUGGCAAAAGGGAUGAUUUUAUUGGCAGGUGCCAGGUCGACCUGUCAUCCCUCAGCAGGGAACAGACGCACAAGCUGGAGUUGCAGCUGGAAGAGGGUGAGGGUCACCUGGUGCUGCUCGUCACCCUGACGGCCUCGGCUACGGUCAGUAUCUCUGACCUCGCUGUCAACUCCCUGGAGGACCAGAAGGAGCGGGAGGAGAUACUAAAGAGAUAUAGCCCACUGCGGAUAUUUCACAACCUAAAAGAUGUGGGAUUCCUCCAGGUGAAAGUCAUUAAGGCCGAAGGUUUGAUGGCUGCUGACGUCACAGGCAAAAGUGACCCAUUUUGCGUCAUAGAAGUGAACAAUGAUAGGCUGCUAACACACACUGUCUACAAAAAUCUUAAUCCUGAGUGGAACAAAGUCUUCACGUUCAACAUUAAAGACAUCCAUUCCGUUCUCGAGGUGACGGUUUAUGAUGAAGACCGUGAUCGAAGCGCUGACUUUCUGGGCAAAGUUGCUAUACCACUGCUGUCUAUUCAAAAUGGUGAACAGAAAGCCUACGUCUUGAAAAACAAGCAGCUGACAGGGCCAACAAAGGGCGUCAUCUAUCUUGAAAUAGAUGUGAUUUUUAAUGCUGUGAAAGCCAGCUUACGAACAUUAAUACCCAAAGAACAGAAGUACAUUGAAGAGGAAAACAGACUCUCUAAACAGCUACUCCUGAGAAACUUCAUCAGAACGAAGCGGUGUGUCAUGGUGCUUGUGAGCGCGGCAUACUAUGUGAACAGUUGCUUUGACUGGGAGUCACCCCCAAGGAGUCUUGCUGCUUUUGUGCUCUUCCUCUUUGUUGUCUGGAACUUUGAACUCUACAUGAUACCACUGGUUUUGUUGUUACUAUUGACAUGGCAGUACUUCUUGAUAAUAUCAGGGAAAGAUAACAGGCAACGUGAUACAGUCAUGGAAGACAUGCUAGAGGACGAGGAAGAAGAAGAUGACAAAGAUGACAAGGAUAGUGAAAAAAAGGGAUUUAUAAAUAAAAUCUAUGCCAUCCAGGAAGUAUGUAUCAGUGUCCAGAACGUCCUAGAUGAAGUGGCCUCCUUUGGUGAAAGGAUAAAGAACACUUUCAACUGGACGGUUCCAUUUUUAAGCUGGCUGGCCAUCGUAGCCCUCUGUGUGUUCACAGUAAUCCUGUACUUCAUUCCACUGAGGUACAUUGUGCUGCUCUGGGGCAUCAAUAAAUUUACAAAAAAACUUCGGAGUCCAUAUGCAAUUGAUAACAAUGAACUACUUGACUUCCUUUCCAGAGUCCCUUCAGAUGUACAAGUGGUGCAAUACCAAGAACUGAAACCAGAUCCUUCUCAUAGCCCCUGUAAAAGGAAGAAAAACAAUCUUGGCUAGCCAGCUCCCAGAACUGAGAACAGCAUCUGUUUGGGAAGAUAAAAAGAAAAAGCCUUCAGCCUCAGAAGCAUUUCCUGUCUUUCUGCUUUUUAUUUGUUUUGCAUUUUUAUCAUGAUCGAGAGAAUUUGUAAAUAGUUUACAAAAGGCAUACAUCUUUGAAAACAUACUUCCAUUGUACAGACUGAACUUUAUAAGGUUCCGGCUAGUGCUAUGUGGAAGCUUCGUUUGCUCUGGGUAAUAAAAUAACAUAAUGAAAGAAUGAAGUGAGGGUUAAAAAACUAGAAGACACACAUUCUAAUUACAAAUAAAAGAACCAAAACAUCAGAUUAAAUGUUCAAAAGUGUUCCAAUUAAAUCUACAUAAAAUGUAUUAAUUUGCUUUUAAAGUUUUUUUUUUAAUGUGACUUUUUAUCUGAAAAGUAAUCUAUUGGUUUUCUAUGUUUAUACAUUUCAAAAAGGGAGAAAUCCCAAAGCCUGAAUAAUAGAAAGGACAAAUUUGAAUUUAACAUAGAUCUUGACUUUCACUCUUGGGCAAAUUAUUUAGGUAUGACUAGGCAGAUUGUAAGCUAAUGAGUGAAGAUACACUCACUCCCCUUGAAGAGAAUGUGAGAUACUAUAAAUUUGUGAGUCUUCUAUCAUUCCAUCUAAAACUUUAAAAUCUCUCCAGACUACAUAACAUAAAUACUGCCAGGUUUAUAAAUAAUUGCAUAUCUGAACUUUUGUAUCUACCACUAAGUUAAUUAAUGCUGACUUAGUUGUCAAAAAUCCUAAAAAACUAAAUUCAUACUGUAUUUGGUGUCAGGUUAUACUUUAUGCAUCAAAAAUAUUUAACACUCAAAUAUUCUCACAGAAACAAAGUAUCUGCUUCCUCAUUAGGUUACUGAAAUGCUUUAAUGCAUACUGAUUUUGUUACUAGUGAGUUUUCAUGUAGAACAGCACUGUGGUAGGUGAUAGGCCAGAGUUUAACAUUCAUUCAAGGAAAAAAUUCAUACUUGAUAAUAUAAAUGCAUGAAAAUCUGUUUUAUAAAAUAAACUGCUUAUAAGGGAAUUACCUUUAAAAGUGUUUCAGUAACUACAGACCCCAUGCUUAAAACAGUUGCAAUCCCAAGACUUAUGGUAGCUUUUGUACCUAACCCCUAGGUAUACCAAGGGAACAUACCUCUGGAGAAAGAAAUAAUUUGGUCAGUGAGAAUGUCUUCACUGACUUGCUAGGAAUUAAAACCUCAGUUGAAAUUGCUGCAGACAAUGUUUUGCACUACUUUAUUAAUAACAGGGUGGGAUGGGGUGAAAGUGGGGGUUUAUUGGAAAAUGUCAAAAAGCAAGAUAUAUUUCACUCUCAAGAAAGAUUCUUUAAAUCUCAUCAAAGCUGAUUUGUAAAGUAUUUUUAUUUUAGAAAUAUGUUGUUAAAUACUAUUUCUUAUAAUAAAACUAUUUUGAUCUGUUUAUACACUAUGCUUGAAAGAAUGUCAAUUAAAUUCCCUUUCUACAGAAAGGCUUUGACCUCAUUAUGCUCUAUUUAGUGCAUCAUGUUAAAAAUGACAUGCUUACACACCUACGUACGAUCACUGUUUGUUGCAAAAGCAUACUACUUUAUGAAGCUGAUGUUACUGCAUAAACCUUAUUGAUGAGAUCAUCUGUCUGGAGUUAAGUUCUGAUUCUAUCUUUGUGUGUGAUUUACGUUCUCUGCUGACAGUGUCUACUAAGAUGUCUAUCCGCCUGGUAUUCUCUAUAACCUCAGAUGUAUCUAGUGCACAGUAACCAUUAACAGAUGACUAAUUCAUUUCAUUGUAUCAAACUUCAGGUGUUUAGUUCAGUGAUAACUUUCACUACAUAUUCACUGCAUUAAAUAAAAAAGAAAAUCUUUUCUAUGUAUCA